AGAAGAAGAAGCUGCCCGUCUCUUUCCUGUAUUGGUGAACGUGUAGCCGUAUAAAAAAUUACAGGAUGGCACAGUGGGGUGCCAUAUUCUCUAUAAUUGCUGCUCUUGGAGGAGCAGCACUCUUGGCAUCUGUGCACAAGAUUGAUGAAGGACACACUGGUGUGUACUACAGGGGAGGGGCCCUCCUGACCUCCACCAGUGGACCUGGUUUUCAUCUUAUGCUUCCUUUCAUCACCACCUACAAGUCUGUUCAAACGACGCUGCAGACAGAUGAGGUGAAGAACGUACCAUGUGGUACAAGUGGAGGAGUGAUGAUUUACUUUGACCGCAUAGAAGUGGUGAACUACCUCAUACCAACAGCAGUAUACGACAUUGUGAGGAACUUCACAGCAGACUAUGACAAAGCUUUGAUAUUCAACAAAGUGCACCAUGAACUUAAUCAGUUCUGCAGCGUUCAUUCACUGCAGGAGGUCUACAUCGGCUUGUUUGACCAGAUCGAUGAAAACCUAAAGCUGACACUACAAGAGGAUCUAACAUCCAUGGCGCCUGGGCUAAUCAUACAGGCGGUGCGUGUCACUAAACCAAAUAUCCCAGAGAGCAUUCGCAGGAAUUAUGAGCUCAUGGAGAGCGAGAAGACAAAGCUGCUGAUUUCCCAACAGACACAGAAGGUUGUGGAGAAGGAGGCAGAGACAGAGAGGAUAAAAGCUGUGAUCGAGGCUGAGAAGGUGGCCCAAGUCGCAGAAAUCAAGUUUGGACAGAAGAUCAUGGAAAAGGAAACAGAAAAGAAGAUUUCUGAAAUUGAAGACAACGCUUUCCUGGCCCGGCAGAAGGCCAAAGCAGAUGCAGAGUUCUACACAGCUCAGAGAACUGCAGAGGCCAAUAAGGUGAAGUUAACCCCUGAAUACCUGCAGCUAAUGAAGUACAAGGCCAUUGCAGCCAAUAGUAAAAUCUACUUUGGGAAUGACAUUCCUCAGAUGUUCGUGGACUCCGGCUCUGCGGGGAGCUCUAUUAAGGCCUCCGCAGCCCUGGACAUUGUUGGUGAGCAGGUCCUGGACCUGGAUUAACAAGAAAAGGCGGAACAAGCCAAGGGUGGAGGGCUAUCUUCUUGUGGGCCAGGAUGGAGGCUGGCACACGGGAUUGAUGGUUUGACUGACAGAAGCUCUGCUGUUCAGGGCUUGUAUUUCUCCAACACUCCUGAAUCACUGCUGAAAUCACACUGCUGACGUUUGACCAGGAUGUAAAGUUCUCCAGCCUCACAGCAGAGAACCUGAGUUUUCAAAUUAAGCCUUCCCUGUUUCUAGUCCUUCCUGACAGUGUCACUUACUUCAAAUUAGUAGAUAAUUGCAGCACUUGUUGGUGUGUAAUAAGUCCCUUUUUGCUUUUAAUCAAAGGAAAAUUUAGAAGACUUGGCCUUGCUGUAAAACAACAUUUUCUUGGACCUUUUUCACAAAUAUGAAUACUUACAAAAAUUUUUGCAUUGAAAAUGACUUAGAAUUAAUCUUAAUUAGGAUUUUAGGUGCAAAGACCAACAAUCACCAAAAAAAAAAAAAGACAUGGCCUUUUUUAUAAAGGGCUUAAAAUGAGCCCCAUCGUUUUUUUUAUUUAUAGUCACUGAUCAUAUUCACCUUGUGGCAGACAUAUUACAUGAAAUUCUGUUUCCUACAGGCAUCGGUGGACAAAAGCAGCCCUGUAAUUUCCAGCAUUAGCCAAUGAAUUGGCUACUUUUAUCAGCUAUUUACUGUAGCCAUUAAACUAAUGUCAGCUCAGUGAGUUGGUCAUGAACACUGCCUCUAAAUGACCUUUUUAGAGCCAACAUCUGUCUCCAUUUAACACAAAAUUCUCCUGAAAUUGUUAUACAACACACUUUCACUGGUGCGCUAAAAGGCUGAGAGCAUUAUUAUACACUAAACGAUAAAUAGACUACUCUUCUCAGAGGCUUUCACAUCUUUAACUUGGAAUUAAAAAUGAAAAUGCAAACUAUUCUUGCACAUAGAGUUCUAAGCUUCAUAAUAGGGUCAGAUGUGUUGUAAAGACAGAGUUUCUCAGCAGGACAUUUGUCUCAGUAUCAUUAUUAGAGGAAACAUCUGGAAGCAACAAUGAAAACUUUCGUCUUAACAUUUGUGGAAGGUGCUUUGGAUAUAUUUUGGAUGAGCCUGUGUUUUUUUUUUGUUUGUUUUUUUUUUUUGCCUGAGUUUGUGGAGCAGUGAAAAAGCUUGAUGUUCAAGCCAAAUCCUGUGUUCAUAGAAACAAAUAAUCCUUUGAGGCGUUCUCUUACUUGCUGUGAGGUUUGGUUUGGCAGUUUCAGCCUCUGCUGCCUUAACCUCAGAUGCUCCAAUUCAGGGCAGAAGCCGUUCAGUGGACAGGGAUGUGUACUGGUCACAUUAAUUAAAUUUGCAGAUGAAAGAAAAUGAGGGAAUCCAAGUUUUAAUCCAGAAAAUAUAUAUAUACGAUAUAUAGUUCCAUCUGGCCAGCUGGAUAAAUUUGGAUCCUGAACACAACAGUAGACAUCACAAGCUUGAUGAAUGUAUUGAUGGUAGCUGCUCACUGUCCAGUAACGUGACUGCAUUUUAUGUUUUGCUUUUUGAACACAGGGAAUCUACUAAAAGUUCACUGAAUAUGUGCAGCUGUGUGAAGUUGUAACACAUUUUUAUGUAUAUGUGAGUAGCACAAACAUGCUGGAUAAGGACGACUGUAUCUGUUGGUAGCUUUUGUUACAGGAUUUUUUUUCAUAAAGGAACAUGACAAGAAAAAUAGUCCAUUGUUCUGUAUUUUUCAUAACCAAAUGACAAACAUCUCUUUUUUUUUUCUUUUUUUUUGUAUUGUACGUUUUUUUUUGUUUGUUUUGUUUGUUUUUUUUUUUUUUUCUUUCUUUAAUGAACCUGUGUUAUGAAUCUAACAAGAUCCUCCACAAGAUGUGUUGAAUAUUCAGAGGUUUUGGCAGCAAGUCAUUGAUCGGAAGCAGGAAGAAGAAACAGCUGGAACUUUGAUAUUAAAACAUACCAAAGUGGGGAAAAAAACUGAUGGAAACUUUUAUCACUGUGGACACAGAAAUAUUAGAAAAAAGGACCAAAGGAGAAAAAAAAAAAGCUAUCUGCUACUUGUGCUUCUGCAAUGCUCUGUUGAAGGAUGACUGUUUCCUGUCUUUAUGUUUUUGGUAGUUUUGCAUCAGCAGCAAAUUUCACUAAAUGCCUGGUUGAGUUGAAGACCAAAUGAUGCAUUUUUCAAACCCAUCGAACACCCAGAGCUGAGUCCUGUAACUUGGUCGUGUUACAGGCAGCGCUCGCCCUCAAGUUUCCAGAGAAUGUGGCAACUUUCUUUUCUUCUGAAUAAUUUAGACUCGUGAUGAGUGAACGAGCUGGAUUCUUUUGCACUUAACUUCAUUGGUGAAUGUACAAUUGAGAUAUUGUCUUAUGACAAUAAAGAACUGUUUUUCUGUCUGAAAAGUGUAGAAUUGUGGAGCUUUUUCUUUAUUGAUAAAAUGAAUUGUAAGAAUUUUUUUUAUCAUAAAGACUGUAGAAAUAAGAUUCAAACAAUA